CUUGCAUUGUUCCCAGGUCACAUGCUGCACCAUGUGAACGUCGGACAGUCGGUCAAACAGUGUGCCCACCAGAUCCCUGCCAUCACCAUGGAGGCCAACAUCCAGCCAAUCACACGCACCGUGCUCCGCGUGCGGCUCGUCAUCACGCCUGACUUCCGCUGGCACGACCAGGUCCACGGGUCAGUGGGUGAGCCCUGGUGGUUGUGGGUGGAGGACCCCAUCAAUGACCACAUAUACCACUCUGAGCACAUCCUGCUGCAGAAGAAACAGGUGGUGUCAGAGGAGCCUCAGCACAUCGUGUUCACCAUCCCUAUCUUUGAGCCGCUGCCCUCUCAGUACUACAUCAGGGCGGUGUCCGACCGCUGGCUGGGGGCAGAGGCCGUCUGCAUCAUUAACUUCCAGAACCUCAUCUUACCCGAGAGACACCCCCCACACACUGAGCUGCUGGACCUGCAGCCUCUCCCGGUGACGGCUCUGGGUAACCCGGAGUUUGAGAGCCUGUUCAAGUUCACUCACUUCAACCCCAUCCAGACGCAGAUCUUCCACACGCUGUACCACACCGACACCAACGUCCUGCUGGGGGCGCCAACGGGCUCCGGGAAGACCAUCGCCGCAGAGAUGGCCAUGUUCAGGGUCUUCAGCCAGUAUCCCGGCGCUAAGGUGGUGUACAUCGCCCCCAUGAAGGCCCUGGUGAGAGAGAGGAUCGAGGACUGGAAGGUCAGGAUUGAGGAGCAACUGGGGAAGAAAGUGGUGGAGCUGACAGGGGACGUGACCCCCGACAUGAGAGCUAUAUCACAGGCUGACCUCAUCGUCACCACUCCGGAGAAAUGGGAUGGAGUGAGCAGGAGCUGGCAGAACAGAAGCUAUGUUCAGAAAGUAGCCAUCCUCAUCAUCGAUGAGAUCCACCUGCUGGGGGAGGACAGAGGUCCAGUGUUGGAGGUGAUUGUGUCCAGGACCAACUUCAUCUCCUCUCACACGUCUAAGAGAGUCCGAGUGGUGGGUCUGUCCACGGCUCUGGCCAACGCUCGAGACCUGGCCGACUGGCUGGGCAUCGGACAGGUGGGUUUGUUUAACUUCCGCCCAUCUGUUCGCCCUGUACCGCUGGAAGUUCACAUCCAUGGUUUCCCGGGGCAACACUACUGCCCUCGCAUGGCCAGCAUGAACAAGCCUACCUUCCAAGCGAUACGCAGCCACUCCCCAGCCAAACCAGUGCUGAUCUUUGUCUCCUCCCGACGGCAAACCCGACUGACCGCCCUGGACCUGAUCGCCUACCUGGCCACAGAGGACAACCCCAAACAGUGGCUGCACCAGGACGAGAGAGAGGUUCCUGUUGCUGAGGUUUUUCUCAACCUCAGCCGCAUCGCAUACGAUAUAAGAUCUCUGAGCCAGGUGACUUGUAGUCCAUGCCUCCUCAGUGUGCUGCCAGACCAUCUGAAUGCGGAGGUGGCUGCAGGAACCAUCUCCUCCAAACAGGACGCCAUGGACUACAUCACCUGGACCUACUUCUUCAGGCGGCUGGUGAUGAACCCCAGUUAUUACAACCUAGAAGACGUCAGCCACGAGUCCAUUAACAAGUUUCUGUCCAACCUGGUGGAGAAAAGCCUGCGGGACCUGGAGUGCUCUUACUGCUUAGAGAUAAAAGAGGAUGAUCAGACCAUUGAGCCACUGACCUAUGGUCGCAUCUCGUCCUACUACUACCUGAAGCACCAGACCAUCCGCACCUUCAAAGAGCGGCUGAGAGCCGAGCUGCCCCUCCACGAGCUGCUCUCCGUCCUCACCGAUGCAGAAGAGUUUUCGGAGCUGCCCGUCAGACACAACGAGGACCAGCUGAACAGCCAGCUGGCUCAGCAGCUCCCCCUGAAGGUCAACCCACAUUCCUACGACAGCGCCCACACCAAGACCCACUUGCUGCUGCAAGCCCACUUCAGCCACGCCCAGCUGCCAUGCAGCGACUACAACACCGACACCAAGACGGUGCUGGACAAUACCAUGCGAGUCUGUCAG